AGGGCAAGCCAAUUAUUCCUAGUUAACUUCUCCCUUGUCUCCCUCAGACCCUAAUAAGGAGGAAGCCCUGCACAAGCCAGAAAAAUGCAGAACAAUGCAAUAGUGGAAGCCCUGUACAAGGCACUGGCCCAAGGCCACACAGAAGCAGUAGCAAAGCUUCUAGCAAGUGACCUCGAAUGGUGGUUCCAUGGCCCUCCACAGAGCCAGCACAUGAUGCGUGUGCUUACAGGGGAGGCAAGCCACACAGACUUCAGGUUCGAGCCAAGAAGCAUCACAGAGGUUGGUGACUGUGUGAUUGUUGAGGGAUGGGAAGGCGCAAAGGCCUAUUGGGUGCAUGUGUGGACCCUCAAAGAAGGCCUCAUCACCCAUUUCAGGGAGUAUUUCAACACGUGGCUCACUGUCAGGGAUCUGAAGCCGCAGGGCUGGGAGAACUUCACUGUGUGGCAGAGCAUGCCAAGAGACCUGUUCCACCGCUCCUUGCCUAGCAUUCUGCUUGCUAUUUAGAGUUUAUUAUAUAUAUCUGUGGUUGGUUUGGUGCUUAAAGAGCUCCAGACAACUUGUUGAUUAGCAAGAAAAAAAAAAAUUUGAGAAAAUAAAAUGAAGGGUACUUGUGGGUUGAAGCUUUGAGUUUGAACAAUGCAUGACAGAUAUGUCUGGUCUUCUGUGAUGUGUUAAGAAAAUGGAACUGCUGUUGUCUGUCAAAUAAAAUGGAACUACCAAUAAAGAUAAACCCUUGACCGCAA